AUGACGGUUCAAGUGGUCACUGAAGAUCAGUUCUAUGGUCAUCAAGGAAAUGAUCUCUUCGACUCUAACAGCAUAUGGUUCAAAGAGUUCAAGAUAAUGAAGUCAGCGAGCCUUGCAGAUGGGUUAGACAUGUUAUCUCAAUCAAUGGGUUUCCGGCCUGAUCAGAUCAGGAUCUGGCCUUUCUCACAAAGGACCAAUCACACGUAUAGGCCUAUGUUUCUAGAGAAUAAUGAUCCAGUCAAACAGAUGAAUGAAGUAGCUGAUGGAGAUAGUGUAUGGACAGUAUUCCUAGAGACACAGGAUCCUGAAGCACAUCAAGUCUGUUUACCAUCAUUUGACAGAGAAAGUGAUGUUCUUCUGUUUCUGAAGCUUUAUGAUCCCAAGACAAAGAGUCUUUCAUUCUGUGGACAUGUUUAUGUCCCUAUCACAACGAAAAUACAGGCACUGGUUCCAUUAAUGAAUGAGAGAGCAGGCUUCCCAGAGUCAACGGAACUCAUUCUAUAUGAGGAAGUGAAACCUAAUCUAACAGUGAAAAUUAAAGACCUGAGUCAACAGAUUGACAAAAGUAUAUUUGAGGUCAUGGAUGGUGAUAUUCUUGUAUUCCAAAGGGAUGAUCCCGAAAAGAUGCAAUAUGACCUGCCGACAGCCAAAGACUACUUCCGGGACCUCUUCUGCCGGGAGGAGGUGACGUUCUGUGACAAGACCAACCCUCGAGAUCCUGGUUUCACGUUGAUACUCUCCAACAAGAUGAACUACUUCCAGUUUGCCAAGGCAGUAGCUCAACAUCUAGACACGGAUGUGAUGUUACUUCAGUUCUUCAAGGGUCAAGGUCACAGAGAUGGGCCUGGUCAUCCUCUAAGAUGUACAUUUGAAGGUUCAUUACGAGAUCUCUUACCGCCCACCAAGUCAAGACAACCUAGGAAACUCUACUAUCAGAUGGUGAGUAUGCAGGGUUGCAUUCCCCCGGUUCUUUAUCCUAACAGCACAGUUUUCGAAGACCUUGAUUAA